CGUGAGGGUGGUGAGAAAAUGGCGGAAGCGGAGUGAGCGGCUUGUCCGAGGCUGAAUGAACAUUGUACAGCUAUGGAGAAUGAACCAAACACAACAACAUGUUCUGCAUCUACAACUACUAUCACUACCACCUCCACUUCCCGGACACAGCUACCGCAGAUCUCUGUCUACAGCGGCUCUGACAGGCAUGCCGUCCAGGUUAUUCAGCAGGCCUUGCAUCGUCCUCCUAGCUCAGCUGCUCAGUACCUCCAGCAGAUGUAUGCAGCCCAACAGCAGCAUCUAAUGCUGCAGACUGCUGCUUUGCAGCAGCAGCACUUAAGCAGUACCCAAUUUCAGAGUCUGGCAACUGUACCACAGGCAAGCCUGUCAGGUGGGAGGCAAUGUACUUCCCCCACUGGGAGUGUCACUCAGCAGUCAAGCAUGUCGCAGACCUCGAUUAACCUCUCCACCUCUCCUACACCUGCACAGAUAAUAAGCCGUUCACAGACCUCCAACACCACCAGCAGCAGUAUUACCCAACAGACUAUGUUGCUGGGGAGCACCUCUCCAACCCUGAGUGCAAGCCAGGCUCAAAUGUAUCUACGAGCUCAAAUGCUUAUUUUUACUCCUGCGACCACUGUGGCUGCUGUCCAGUCUGACAUUCCUGUUGUCUCAUCAUCUUCCUCAUCAUCUUGUCAGUCUGCAGCUACUCAGGUUCAGAACUUGACCCUGCGCAGUCAGAAGUUGGGUGUAUUGUCAAGUUCACAGAAUGGCCCACCAAAGAGCAGCAGUCAAACUCAGUCAUUGUCUCUGUGCCCUAAUAAACCUGUAACCAGUUCCAAGGGCAGCCAGCCAGAUCCCUCAGAAAGCAAUAGAAAAGGCGAGAGCCCAACUCCAGAGUGUCGGAGUACACCAGUCACACGGACAUCAAGCAUACAUCACUUAAUAACACCAGCUUCAUAUUCUCCAUUGCAACCUCAUUCUCUAGUAAAACAUCAGCAGAUCCCACUUCAUUCGCCACCUCCAAAGAUUUCCCACCAUCAGCUGAUAUUGCAACAGCAGCAGCAAGUCCAGCCAAUUGCACUUCAGACUCCGUCGGGUCAGGAACCCCCUCCAUCACAGCACUGUCUACCACUUCCAAGCCACGGUCUUCCUCCGGGUCCCAGCAGUGUCCAGUCUCAUUGCUCACCUAUUCACAUCCAUCCUCCACCUCUGACACUAUCUCCUACUCCAUCCCAGUCAGCUCAGCAGUCAGUAGUGGUAUCUCCUCCACCUUCUCACUCCCCAAGUCAAUCACCCACAAUAAUUAUUCACCCUCAGGCACUUAUUCAGUCACAGGCAAACUCCCUCAUGCCAACAGCUCUUCAGCCAGAGCAGACUGCUCCUCAGCAGACUACUACCAAUCCAGUCCGACCAAUUGCACAGCCACUCAAUCUUCCAUCACAUCUUCCACUCCCAUCUUCCCCCGCUGUACAUAUAGGGUCAGUAGAUCAGCCCAGCUUAGUUUCCCCAGGCCAGCAGAUUGUGUCCUCGACACCGCACCAGCAAUAUUCAGCCUUGCAGUCCGCACCUAUCCCUCUUGCAGCUCCUCCUCAGCUGUCAACAUCUUCAACCCAGAUUCAACCACUGCCGUUGCAGUCUGUGCAGUCUUUACAAGUGCAGCCUGAAAUUCUGUCCCAGGGCCAGGUUUUGGUUCAAAACACUUUGGUUUCUGAGGAAGAACUUCCUGCUGCAGAAGCUCUGGUUCAGCUGCCAUUUCAAACUCUUCCACCACCACAGACUGUUGCAGUAAAUCUUCAGGUGCAGCCCUCUGUACCAAUUGAAACUCCAGUGAUUUACCAAGUGGAGAAUGUAUGUGAAGAAGAGAUGCCUGAGGAAUCAGAUUGUGUCCAUAUGGCUAGAACACCUACACCACCCACUUUGUCUCCACCAGCCAUAACCUUGGGGAAUGGAGAGGCACUUAAUUCAGAAGAUCCUUUGUCAGAACAUGGGGGACUACCUUCAGUGACAUCAUCAGUCAGUGCCUCAGUAAUUAAAUCUCCAUCUGAUCCCUCACAUGCCUCUAUUCCACCGCCACCUCUACUGCUUCCAGCAGCAACAACAAGGAGCAACAGCACGUCAAUGCCCAACAGCAUUCCUAGCCUAGAAAAUAAACCUCCACAGGCUAUUGUUAAACCACAGAUCCUGACCCAUGUUAUUGAAGGCUUUGUGAUUCAGGAGGGAUUAGAGCCGUUCCCUGUAAGUCGUUCAUCUUUGCUGGUAGAACAGCCUGCAGAAAAAAGAUUGCUAGUGGAGGGUCAAAUCAUGAGUGUUGUGUGUGUUGAAUCAGACUUGCAGAAUACAAAACAUGCAGACAACUCAUCGGACACAGAGAUAGAGGAUAUGAUUGCAGAAGAGGGACUGGAUGAAAUUGAAAAUGAUCUUCUAAAGUGUGAAUUUUGUGGAAAAAUGGGAUAUUCUGAUAAGUUUCUACGAUCAAAAAGAUUCUGCUCCACAUCCUGUGCCAAAAGGCACAGCCUUAGUUGCACUAAGAAAUUUGGGCUGUUUACAUCAGACAAGAGCAGUCGUUGGAAUCGGAAGUCAGAUAGCCAAAGUCUUGGGCGACGCGGGCGUCAACCGAGUGGCCCUGAUGGGGCGUCACGAGAUCAUUUUCUUAGACAGCUUCCAAUUACUUAUCCAUCUGCAGAAGAAGAUAUGGCUUCUCAUGAAGAUGCUGUUCCGGCUGCCAUGACCACCCGUCUGCGAAGACAGAGUGAAAGAGAGAGAGAACGUGAACUUAGGGAACUAAGAAUGAGGAAGAUGCCGGAGAGCAUUGACUUGUUACCAGUGGUGCAAGCUGACCCAUCCGUAUGGACUGUCGAUGAAGUUUGGGCCUUCAUACAUUCUUUGCCUGGUUGUCAAGAUAUUGCAGAUGAAUUUAGAGCACAAGAAAUUGAUGGACAAGCUCUCCUCUUGUUGAAGGAGGAUCACCUUAUGAGUGCAAUGAAUAUUAAGCUUGGACCUGCGUUGAAAAUCUGUGCACGUAUCAAUUCAUUGAAAGAAUCCUAGAGGGUCAACAUGAAGGUUUAAACAACAGUUUCUCAGUGACAGAACCGACAGUAAUAUGCCAACAUCUUCGCUGUGGCAUAAGUGUUACUGUGAUGUUUUGUUAAAUAUAUGGGGUUUUCCCCACACAAAGACUCAGAAAUGUUCCUUUGAUGAUACCAGGUAGUCCCUCUGUAGUUUUCAACAAUUAAUAGGUUCAUGGUAAAGCCUGAGUAAUACUUUGAGUUGAAGUGGGAGUUCAUGGAAAAACCUGAAAUAUACUGUGAUAGGUUAAAUAUUCCCCAACAUGUACUUUAUCUUAUAAGUUUGAUUAACACCCCAGCACCCACCCCAAUCUAAACACCAUUUAAAUUGUGUUGCUGUAUUCAGAAAGAUUUUUUCCACAUACAGCAGUUUUUGGACUGAAAUAACACAAGUGUCCACAGACCCUGUGGAAGCACUAAUGACAGUAAAAUGCUAUGCAUUUA